AUGAAAAGACAACCAGAGUUGUCUUUACGAACACUUGAAGCAACUAGCUUUGCUCAAUCAACUGCCUUUAACCGACACACUGUUGGAGAAUUUUUCCAAAAUCUAAAAACAGUUAGAAAUCGAUAUAAGUUUGAUCUUUAUUGCACAUAUGAUGUUGAUGAAACUGGUUUAACAACAGUACAAAAGCCAGUAAAAGUGUUAGCAGGUAAAGGAAGUAAACAAGUAGAAAGAAUCACAUCUGCAGAACGAGGAACAUUAGUAACUGUAUUUUGUGCUUCAAAUGCAAUUGGAAACUCUAUUCCAAUCGCGGAUUUAGAAGGUCCUCCUGGAUGCGUGGGAUUUGCAAAUCCUUCUGGUUGGAUGAAUUCAGACAUCUUUAUAGAAUGGAUAAAACAUUUUGUGAGGUAUUCAAACUGGUCUCGUGAAUCUCUAGCUUUGUUACUUCUGGACAGCCAUAAAAGUCAUAUUUCUGUUAGAGCUUUGGAUCUUGCAAUUUAA